CUCUCUGCGCUGCCUCCAGUGUGUGGAAUGAAAGGACUGGAGGUUCUCCGCUCAGAGCCUUUAGUCCACACGUGAACCAUGGAAUCUGCCUUUCUAUUCAGAAAUCCUCACACUCUGAAUACUUUAAGGCUUCAAGAGCUGUACUCUCUGAGGAUGCAACGAAGCAGAGAAAAGAUGGAGCGGGACAAGACGGAGCUGCACCUGAGCCAGUUCAAGAGGAAGCUGAGGGUCUGUGUGGCAACAUGCAACCGAGCAGAUUACUCCAAGCUGGCCCCCAUCAUGUUUGGCAUCAAAGCCCACUCUGAUGAGUUUGAGCUGGAGGUGGUGGUGCUCGGUUCUCAUCUCAUCGAUGACUACGGGAACACCUUCCGGAUGAUUGAGCAGGAUGACUUUGGCAUCGACUCGAAGCUCCACACUAUAGUCAGAGGAGAAGACGAGGCGGCCAUGGUGGAGAGCGUUGGUUUGGCGCUUGUGAAACUGCCCGACGUCCUGCAGAGACUGCGCCCAGAUAUCCUGAUUGUACACGGCGAUCGUUUUGACGCCCUUGCUUUGGCAACCGCCGCAGCCCUGAUGAACAUCCGAAUCCUUCACCUGGAGGGGGGAGAGGUUAGCGGGACGAUCGACGAUUCAAUCCGCCAUGCCAUAAGUAAACUGGCCCAUUAUCACGCGUGCUGCACACGCAUGGCAGAGCAGCACCUGAUCGCCAUGUGUGAGGACCACUCUCGCAUCCUCCUGGCCGGAUGUCCUUCAUAUGACAAGCUGCUUCUGACUCACCACAAAGACGACUACAUGGACAUCAUCAAGAGCUGGCUUGGUGAUAAGGUCCAGGACCACGACUACAUCGUGGCUCUGCAGCACCCCGUCACCACAGACAUCCAGCAUUCCAUUAAGAUCUACGGCUUGAUGCUCGAUGCUCUGCUCUCCUUUAACAAGAAGACCCUCAUCCUGUUUCCUAACAUCGAUGCUGGAAGUAAGGAGAUGGUGCGCGUGAUGAGGAAAAAGGGCAUCGAGCAGCAUCCAAACUUUCGGGCGGUUAAGCACAUUCCUUUUGAGCAGUUCAUCCAGCUCGUCUGCCACGCUGGCUGCAUGAUUGGAAACAGCAGCUGUGGGGUCCGUGAGGCCGGGGCCUUCGGCACACCGGUCAUUAACCUGGGAACCAGGCAGACGGGCAGAGAAACCGGUGAAAAUGUUCUGCAUGUCAGAGACGCAGACACUCACAAUAAGAUCUACCACGCUCUGGAGCUGCAGUUUGGGAAAAGAUAUCCCUGCUCUAAGAUCUACGGGGAUGGAAGCGCGGUUCCUCGGAUCCUGAAGUUUCUACGCAGUAUUGACCUGGAUGAACCUCUGCAGAAGACCUUCUGCUUCCCUCCAGUGAAGGAGUCCAUCUCCCAGGACAUCGAUCACAUUCUGGAGACCCAGAGUGCUCUGGCCGUGGACCUGGGAGGGACCAACCUCAGAGUGGCCAUCGUCUGCAUGAGAGGAAAGAUUCUGAAGAAAUACACGGAGAACAAUCCGAGAACCUUUGAGGACAGGAUGGACCUGAUAUUAAAGAUGUGUAAGGAUGCCGUUCAGGAUGCCGUAUCCAUCAACUGUAGAAUACUUGGUGUUGGAGUCUCCACAGGUGGACGAGUAAACCCACAGGAAGGCGUGGUCCUGCACUCCACCAAGCUGAUCCAGGAGUGGAGCUGUGUCAACCUGAGGACGCCCAUCUCUGAUGCCUUACACCUUCCGGUUUGGGUGGAUAACGAUGGAAACUGUGCGGCGUUGGCUGAGAAGAAGUUUGGUCACGGCAAAGGAGUGGAGAACUUUGUCACCGUCAUCACAGGGACGGGGAUUGGAGGAGGGAUCAUCCAUCACCACGAGCUGAUCCACGGCAGCACCUUCUGCGCCGCUGAACUGGGCCACAUCAUGGUUUCGCUGGAGGGCCCCGAGUGUUCCUGCGGGAGCCGCGGCUGCAUCGAGGCCUACGCCUCUGGCAUGGCUCUGCAGAGAGAGGCCAAGAUGCUGCACGAUGAGGACCUGCUGAAGGUGGAGGGGAUGGACAUGAAGAUCUGUGAGCCAAUCACAGCAGCUCAUCUGAUCAGUGCAGCCAGAAUGGGAAACUCCAAAGCUGCAGCCGUCCUCCACAAAGCAUCCACAGCACUGGGGGUGGGGAUCGUCAACAUCCUCCACAUCGUCAACCCCUCCCUGGUGGUUCUGUCCGGAGUCUUGGGUUCCUUCUAUCAGGAACCGGUCCAGCAGGUCAUCAGUCAGAGAGCGCUCACAUCUGCUCAGACCAUCAGGGUCGUCACGUCGCACUUGGAAGAGCCUGCUCUGCUGGGCGCUGCUAGCAUGGUGUUGGACUACGCCACCAGAAGAACAUAUUAACACCUGUCUGUUUGUUUCUGGGAGAAGACCAAAAUCAGUGGUUUUAUUGAUAUCAUAGCUGUUUGAAAAGACAUUUUUGUUAUGUUUUAAUGAAGAAAUGUGUGGGGAAUGUUUUUCCUUUUUUACCUUUUUGUUUUAAUUUGGGCUUCUUUGUAAAACAACGUUGUCAUCGACCGCAGAGAUCCUCGUUUAGCAGCAGAACUGAGGGAAGGUGGGACGCCUGAUGGUGCUGAUGUCGUCAUCUUCACAUGAUGCUUUGUGCCAAUUUCUUCCGUUUAGCUGAACAUGAGCUGAUGCUUAAUCACCUGUUUUUCUGGUCAGAACAUCCCAUACAAUCAUACUACCUCCUCCUGACCAGCUCGACUGGAUGUAAUGCAGAAUACGUGUUUUACAGCUGUUUAAAACCGUCAUUCCACAAGCCUGACAAGUGUUAGUCUGUGUUUCCCACUGUUUCCACCAAGUGAACCUGUAAGUGGAGGAUGUUGCUGUCAUGCAGAGAAGGCCUGUUCCUUCUUUUCACAGCCAAAGCUAGGAUUUGACAAUCCCAAUUUAAAAGAGACCAAACAUUCAAUGUUAGUGUUGUGUAGUAAAGGAUGAUUUGUGGCAUAAAGGA